UGGGUUAGACCAAUGUUUCAACAACGAAAUGAAAAAGGGGCCUUUAGAAAUUUGUUUCAUCACAUGAAAAUAAAUGACCAGGAGAUGUUUUUCAAAUAUACCAGAAUGCUUCCCGAAACUUUUGAUUCCCUUUUAAACUUAAUAAAACGUCAUUUAUUGAAACGUAGUAGACGAGAAUAUCUGUCUCCAGAAUUACGACUUGCCAUGACCUUAAAAUAUUUGGCACAUGGAGGAUCAUUUCAAAAUGUAUCCUGGGAAUUUAGAGUAGGGCAUUCUACAGUUUCCAAGAUAAUUUUUGAAACUUGUGAAGCAAUCUGGAAUGUCCUAAAACCCAUCUAUGUAAAAAGUCAUGAUGAAAUUGAUUGGCUUCAAGUCAGCAAUCAGUUUUUACAUAGGUGGGAUUUUCCACACACUCUUGGGGCUAUUGAUGGAAAACAUGUUCAAAUUCAGUGCCCAAUAAAUAGUGGCUCACAAUAUUAUAAUUAUAAAAAUCACUUUAGUAUGGUCCUCCUGGCAUGUUGUGAUGCCGAUUAUAAGUUUUUGUGGGUCGAUAUUGGAGGUUCUGGAUCUGAACAUGACUCUGGAGUUUUUAGGAGAUCUCAAAUGGGCCAAGAUCUUGAAAACGGUAUUGUAAAAUUGCCAGACUCCCAAAAUUUGCUUGGGAGUAAUAUCGAGAUGCCAUUCUUUUUUGUUGCUGAUGAAGCAUUUCCUUUGAAGUCCUAUAUUAUGAGACCUUACCCCGGCAAGAACUUGGAGGAAAAAAAAUUGGUAUUUAACUACAGAUUAUCACGUGCCAGAAGGACAAUUGAAAAUUCAUUUGGAAUUUUAGCAAGUAGAUGGAGAGUGUAUCGGUCACCUUUAUUAUGUUCGAUAAAAACAACAGAGGCUAUUGUUAAAGCUACCAUAUGCUUACAUAAUUAUUUAAGGACUGAGGCAUCACCAAUUUAUACUCCACCAGCAUUGAUGGAUACAAUUUCAGAAGAUGGUGAAUUAGUGGAAGGAGAAUGGAGACAAAUAACAAGAGCUGAUACAAAUUUAACCCCUGCUGGUCGAAUGGGAUCGAACAUGGCUGCAAAUGCUGUAACACGAUUAAGGGAUAGCUUAGCCAACUAUUUAACAUCUGAUGUAGGUUCAGUACCUUGGCAACAAACAUAUAUUAAUAGGGGCAGAAUUUAAUGUUUUUUAAUUUAAUUAAUGUAUAUUGUAAAAUAUAAAUGUAUUAUCAUUGUUUAUAUAAUAAUAGUUUGCCAACUCAAUCAAUAAAUUUGUUUCAUUCUAAUUGAGACAGUCACCACCAUUUCUGUCAGGGUCACAACGUCACGCGUAACUACUAUAAAUCCAAAAUGCAUAGACACAAAGUUGGAUAUGAUCUUAUUCAUAACACAGCUGCUUGCAUACAUAUGAAGAAAUAUAAAUAUAUGGAAGAAUAUAUUUAGAAAUUGAAUUAAUGAUGUCAUGCUACUAUAGUCUGUUCGCUAAACUCAGACGCAACUUUCUAGAUAUUUUAGUCGGUAAUUAUGACAAUUUUAGUAAAAUUGGCAAAAAAUAAUUACUAAAUAGUUAAUAAUCACUAAAUAGUUAGUAAUUUUGCCAAUUUUUGCAAAAUUGGCAAAAAAGAAAAAAAUUAUCUACUAAAAUAUCUAGCCAGUUGCGUCUGAGUUUAGCGAACCGACUAUAUACAUUAUACAUCAUAAAUAUAAUAGCGUUACAUUACAACUAUACAUUAUACAUAUAAUAGCAUGACAUCAUUAACUCAAUUUGUAAAAUAUAUUCUUUCAUAUAUUUAUUUUUCUUAAUAUAUAUGCGAGUUGGUGUGUUAUGAAUAGGAUCAUAUCCAACUUGGUGUCUAUGCAUUUUGGAUUUAUCAUACAGUCCAUCUAAUAUACUUACUGUUGCAUGUCAUUAUCUAUGUCAGAGAUCUAAUUUGACAUAGUUGCCAAAGUAUAAAAAAAAUCCUAAAUCACAUGAAACACCAUGUCUUUUAUAUGGAAAUAAAAUGUCUUGCCCAGAUAAGGGUUAAAUCAAAUAGAUCACAUAAUUAUUGCAAAAGUGGAUCAUACAACAAAACAAAUUAAUAUUCAAUGUAAAUAAAUAAAAGCAUUAGAAAUAGACAACAAUAAUUAAGUUAUAAUCUUAUGUUAAAGUAAAUAAUAAAAACAAUAAAUAUAAUAACGCAACUCAUCAAUAUUGGCAAUAUCAUUUUAAAGUCUUCUACUUUAAAAUGUAGGUAUAAUACAUAUCUGAAUUGCCGAUGAGUCAGAUUAAAUAAAUUAUUAGAAGAAUUUUUUACUCAGCACAACAUUCUUGUUUAAUUAGUGUUAUUUUGAUAAAAUCUUUUUUUGGUAAAAUUGUGGCUUAUUUCCUAUUGAAAAUAGUUGAUUGUAAAAAUACCACAAGGAAAUAGCUUCAGAACAACAUUAAUAAAUAUAAAACAAAUACAGUAAAGAAUAAAAACAAAUCUUUAUAAUCGAUUUAUACAAAUUAAAUGAAACAUAUUAUUGUGCAUUUCCUUAAGUUAACAUUAAUAGUAAUCUUCGAAUAUUAUUUCUACGCGUAUAUAAUAAAAUAUGUCUAGUGGCUGUAAUUCCGGUGUACUCAUUAAAAUGAUUCUAAAAAAGAACACACCUACCACCUAAAUAUUUCGUGUUGGUAUCAUCUGACGUCUCGGGCUAUGAUGUGCAACUGUAAGUAUAUUAGACAGAGUAUAAUUAUGUGUGCUGUUGCUACCCUGACAGAAAUGGUGGUGACUCAAUUAAAAUCAAACAAAGUUAGUCAUUGCGUUGACCAAC